AUGCGGGUGAUUGACUCCCACGAACGCCCUGCCAUCAACGACCUCAUUUUCCCCUCGCAAGCUGCCAGUCAAUCUCGGCACCUAUCAGGUCUAACAAUGGCUGGAGCAAAGAAGAAGAAGAAGCCCGCUGCCAAUCCCGCUCGGGGCUUCGCCACAACCUCAAUCGCGUCCAAACCGCGCCCAGAGUCCGAAGCAAAGCCCUCGCCGUCCCACCCUCUCAAACCAAAUGGCAACGAUGCCCCUCCCUCCACCUCGAGCGACAAUGCCCCGCCAUCCACGGCUGCCGCCCAGCAGCAGCAGCCGCACGACAAGCCGCUCAGCCCCGAAGAGUUUGAGCGCCAGCUCGAGGAGUCGGAGCUGCAGCUGCUCGUCGAAAAGUAUACCCAGAAAGCCAAACGCGACGCUCAGCGCCAGCGUUCUCGCCUCGAGACGGACCGCCGCUUGCUCCGCAGCCAGGCCGACACCAUCAACAUCCCCAAGUGGCUGCCCCCAGAGCUUCUCAAUCAUAUCCUUGAUCUCAUAAACGCCGAGACUCGCUUCUCUGCCUCCAACGUCUCGUCGGAAAACGCCGGCAGCGGCAGGAUGCCCUCUGAGGAGGAAAUGAUUGUUCGUCUGUGGACCCUGAGCCAGACUCUCGAAGCUGCGACCUUUCCCCAGCCUCGCGUCGAGGCUGCCCUGCGGCACAUACUCGACAUCGCUCCACACGUUUCCAACGCCGCCAAGGACUCGAUUUGGGGCUUGGAUGAAGCUCUUGAUUGGCUGGCCCGCCAGUGCUCCUUCGAAGAGCUUCCCCCCUACGAGUUCAGGGGCAAACCUACGGCCAGAGACACUCCGACCGACAGUCCUUUUCCCUCCCGCCCCCACACGCCCAGGCUUCAAGACGCGCAGAAUGGCCGCCGGGGCAAAGAUCUCUCCAACAAGUCAAACGGAAAUGCACGCCCCGUGAAGACGCCUUCCAAAAAGGUGAUGGCAAUCUGUGACGUGGACAUUGAACCUGAAGAUCUGGUCCCCGAAUAUGUCGCAACCAAAGCUAAGCUCCUAGAGCUCAGCCGCAGCCAGAGCCGUGGCAAGGCCAGGCAAUCCGACGCCGACGACGAGGACACUAGCCUGGUCGUGGCAAAACUGGAGGCUAAGCUUAGCAAAAUAGAAAAUGAUGUGCUCUUCGACAGACAACAGGCCCAAGAUACCUCUGCCGAGGAACCUGAGGCGUCGGACCCGGCCGCCGAUGUCAAGACAUCGGACAAAGACGACGUUGCUGCCGAGGCAGAGCGUGUGGCUGCCGAAAUCUUGGCCGAGGACGAUGACGAUGGCAUUACCGGACUGUUCGCUUCCCUGCCCCAGAACGAAGUUGAUCCGGAGACAGGCAAGACACAGCUAGUCAUCAACUCGUCAGGCGGCGCAAGACUUUUGAUUCGAGACUUUGGCGACUGGUCAGGCAUCAAGCCAAGGAGGGUCUUGGAAGAGGCUUGUCGAUCAAGGAACAGGGAUGCCUCUGUCAAGAUUCACUACGUCGUUGUGUCGGAUGCGACAUUCGCAAGCCGCCAGUCUGUCGACAUCGGGUGGACAAAGCCACAGGAGCCUCCCCAGAGUGAGCCUUCAUCAGACGUCGAGAUCAUCGCGGACUCAGCCCGAUUCACCUUUACCAUGCUCAGUGUUGCCACACCAGAUGCCAAGCAGUCCGAGGCGUACAUUGCCACCUCAGCUCUUUUUCACAUCUUCAGCGGUAACUCGAGGGAAGAAAAGGUCGCCUUGCGGCUGCCACCCGUGUGGCGGGAUUUGUGGAACGAGAUGGCUGAAGCAAAAAAGAACCGGCUCGACUCUCAGGAUCGCGAGGUUGUCAGGUCCCUGAGAGCGCUGGUGAGACAGAGGCAUGAUCAAGAACUCGAAGACGGCGUCAUUCUCCAGGGUGCGUUUCGGGGCCGAGGCACCCCCAAAGCGUCCCAAGACUCAUCCGAGAAUUGCCAAAGCGAUCGCAGAAAGCAGAAUACGGCCGCCGCCGAGGAGUUCAAGAAAAUUUGGGCGAACAAGUCUGGCUCACGCAAAUUUCAAGUAAUGCUGGAAUCACGUACACAACUCCCGAUGUGGCGGUUCCGGCCGCAGGUUCUGGAUGCCGUGGACAAGAAUCAAGUGGUCAUCAUAUGUGGCGAAACGGGAUGUGGAAAGAGCACUCAAGUGCCGGCAUUCCUGUUAGAGCACGAGCUCUCGAAAGGGAAUCAUUGCAAGAUAUACUGCACAGAGCCUCGGCGUAUCUCUGCCAUAUCGUUGGCUCGUCGGGUGAGCGAAGAGUUGGGCGAGAACAAGGGCGAUUUGGGUACCAGCAGAUCCUUGGUCGGCUACUCGAUCCGUCUCGAGGCCAACACGUCUCGUGAGACGCGUCUGGUGUACGCCACGACCGGUAUAGUCAUGCGGAUGCUUGAGGGAUCAAACGACCUUCGCGAGAUCACGCACCUGGUCCUCGAUGAAGUCCACGAGCGGUCCAUCGAUAGCGACUUUCUCCUCAUUGUGCUCAAGCGCCUCUUGACGCAACGCAGAGACCUCAAGGUGGUGCUCAUGUCCGCCACUGUCGAUGCUGAGCGCUUCUCGAGGUAUCUUGGCGACGCGCCGAUUCUCAACGUGCCGGGGCGUACGUUUCCCGUGGAUGUCCGCUAUCUCGAGGACGCCAUUGAGGCCACAGGUUACAACCCGAGCAACUCGCCGGCGGAAAAGAUGAUUGACCUCGACGAUGACGCAGUGGAGGAUGAUGGAGCGGGCUUCAAGAGUGACUUGUCCCAGAGCCUGUCUGCCUACUCGGCUAAGACGCGCAGCACACUUUCUCAGCUUGACGAGUAUCACAUCGAGUUCGACCUCGUGGUUCAGCUUGUUGCGCAAAUCGCGACGAAUGAGUCUCUAGUGCAGUACAGCAACGCUAUCUUGAUCUUCCUGCCAGGCAUCGCCGAGAUCCGGACGCUGAACGACAUGCUUCUUGGCGACCCUCGAUUUGCGAAGGACUGGCUUGUAUAUCCCCUGCAUUCCACAAUCGCCACCGAGGACCAGGAAUCGGCCUUUCUCGUACCACCGCCCGGGGUGCGCAAGAUUGUUCUCGCCACCAACAUUGCGGAAACGGGCAUCACCAUCCCGGAUGUGACGUGCGUCAUUGACACUGGCAAGCACCGGGAGAUGAGGUAUGAUGAGAAGAAGCAGCUCUCGAGACUCAUCGACACCUUCAUCUCUCGGGCGAACGCGAAGCAGAGACGCGGCCGUGCCGGUCGUGUGCAGAAAGGCCUUUGCUUCCACAUGUUCACAAAGCACAGGCACGAUCAGCUCAUGGCGGAUCAGCAGACGCCGGAAAUGCUCCGUCUCUCCUUGCAGGACCUCGCGAUACGGGUCAAGAUCUGCAAAAUCGGCGGCAUCGAAGAGACCCUCGGAGACGCCCUGGAUCCGCCGUCGGCGAAGAACAUUCGGCGUGCCAUUGAUGCGCUCGUUGAUGUCCGCGCGCUGACGGCGGCCGAGGAGCUCACUCCGCUCGGCCACCAGCUGGCCAGAUUGCCGCUCGACGUCUUCCUGGGGAAGCUGAUUCUGCUUGGCACAGUCUUCAAGUGUCUGGACAUGGCAAUCACCGUGGCCGCUAUUUUGUCGUCCAAGUCGCCAUUUUCCGCGCCGUUCGGGCAGCGGGCGCAGGCCGACAACGCGAGGAUGGCUUUCCGCCGCGCAGACUCGGAUGUGCUCACGAUAUACAACGCCUACUUGGCCUGGAAGCGGGUGUGCCAGUCCAACAUCGGCACGGGCAAGGAGUUUCAGUUUUGCCGCAAGAACUUUUUGAGCCAGCAGACGCUCGCCAACAUUGAGGAUCUCAAGGGCCAGCUCCUCGUCUCGCUGGCCGACUCAGGGUCCCUCUCGCUGACCGAGGAGGAGCGCCGGGCACUGAAGGGCCAGCGCUUCGCCUCGGGCGGUCGUGGGCGUCGACAGCAGAGCUUCUUCGAGGUUCCGUGGCGGGUAAACGUGAACAGCGACAACGACGUGGUGUCGUCGUCUGUCAUUGCGUGGAGCUUCUACCCGAAGCUGCUCGUGCGAGACACGCCCGGGUCCAAGGGGCUGCGCAACAUUGGCAACAACCAGUCCAUCAGCUUGCACCGAUCCUCUGUCAACCGCGGCCACCUCGACAAUAAGUGGCUCUCGUACUACCACAUUAUGCAGUCCAAGUCCGUCUAUCACGCGCACGAGACGACGGCUGUUGAACCAUUCGCCAUUGCCCUGCUGUGCGGCGACGUCCGCUGCGACAUGUACUCCGGAGUCAUCGUCUUGGACGGCAACCGCGCCCGCUUCGCCCUGCCCGACUGGAAGACGAUGCUCGUCGUCAAGAUGCUCCGCACGCGCCUCCGCGAGGUGCUCACCCGCUCCUUUAAGCAGCCCGGCAAGCUCGCCACGGCACAGCAGGAGAAGUGGCUCGACGUCUGGCAGCGCCUCUUCUCGCAGGACCUCGUCGUCGGCGGCAGCAGCCAGGACGCGGCGGGCGUGUCGGUCGCCAUCGGCAAGGCAUAG